AUGAUAAAGACAAAGACAUCAUAUGAAGUGUUUCACUACACAAUCACAAAGGAGGAGACUGAGAAGGGUCUACGUGACGUCGCUCGUCACUUUGUUGCAGAGUAUGCCGACUCAUCCGAUCAGCAACUCACAAUCACCAGACUAAAUGGUGGUAUUACAAAUAUAUUAUACCUUGUUGAGGACAAGUCAGUUGAGACAAAGGCUAAGGAUCUACCAGUUGUUAUUAGACUUUAUGGAUACAAGUCUGAGGAGAUCAUUGAUAGAAAGAACGAGUUGGUCGUUCAGACUGAGGCCGACUUGAACGGACUGGGUGCCAAGUUCUAUGGUCUGUUUGAUAAUGGAUGUAUAUAUGGAUUCAUUCCAGGUCGCCCACUGGAGCACGAGGAUCUCUGUGAGCCAAAGUUGCAACAGCUGAUCAGUCGCGAGCUGGGAGAGUGGCACUCAAUCGAGAUGCCCACCCGCAAGCAGCCAUCCGUUUGGAACACCAUCAAGAAGUGGUCCGCCCUUGCCCCAGAGGUCUACCCAGACGAGAAGCGUCAACAGUUCUACAAGUUGCUGCGUGUCGACGAGAUGAAGCAAGAGGCCAAGAUGCUCGAGGCCACCCUCUCCAACCUCAACUCACCAAUCGUCUUUUGCCACAACGAUCUCCUGUCCAGAAACAUCAUCGUCGAUACACAGAGCGAGAAGGCCUCCUUCAUCGACUUUGAGUACGCCAACUACAACUUCCGUGGCUUUGAGAUUGGCAACCACUUCAACGAGUACGCCGGAUUCGGGCCAGACUACUCGCUCUAUCCCAACGAGGAGCAGCAGCGUGUCUUCCUGGAGGAGUACCUCACCGUCGUCAACAAGGGUGUCAAGCCAACCGAGGAGCAGAUCCGUGCCCUGUUCAUCGAGUCCAACCAGUACUCGCUGUCAUCGCACCUGUUCUGGGGCUUCUGGUCCAUUGUCCAGGCUAUGAACUCAGAGAUCGACUUUGACUAUCUGGAGUACGGAAAGGCUCGUUUCGACCGCUAUUGGGAGACCAAGGAGCAGUUCCUUACUUUGAAGCCAUAA